ACAAGUUAUUGAAAUUGUGAUUUCUGUGCUCUUCUGGCAUAACAUCUACUGAAUAAUAAUGGUGAAUGUGUUUUCUGUUUUGAGUCGCCCUACUUUGGUAGGAGGCAGCAGGUGUGUUAAAAAUUAAAUAAAUGUGAACUCUUUACAAUUAAAGUUUAAUAUGAUAGGGAAAAGUUAUAGGAAAUUACCAGCAGUUAAAUUUCAAAGCAAAUGCUUUUAGUAAAAAAGUGAGAUGCAACCUUAUUUUAUUCUUUAUUGUUCAUAUUUUAUUGUAGGUCAACCGAAUGAUGCUCUGGCAACAGCCCUUAAUGAGGUAGCUAAUGGAGGAGCCCUUGUGGGGCAUGAAGAGAAUGGGCACUCCCAGGUAAAAGAUCCACUGUCAGCCCUUGCAGCUGCUGCAGAACUUGACCAAGUUCGUAAUGAUGUUGCAGUGGUUGAACAUAUGAUGGAAGAAACCAAAUACAGUCACCUGGCCAAUGAGAUGAGUGGUGCUGAGCAACAAGGUGUUACAGUAAUGGCAGAGGAUCAAGAUGGGAUGCAUCAUGGUGUUGUAGUAAAUUUACAGAUGGAAGAAAAGGUAAUGCCCAUGACACUACUGCCUCUAGCUCCAUUUCUACACCCUGAUGAUCCUGAUGGAAUGUUCUACAACGAAGUGUAUCAUUACCUUAGUUCUGGUACCUUCCCAGAAGGUGCUACAGAUACUUACAGGAAAGUCAUCAAGAAGCGAGCUACAAACUACUUGAUAAAUGAAGAAGGGCGACUGUCAUAUGGUCAUAGGAUGCCUAAAGAGGUCAUAACUAGUGCUGAAGAACAGCGGCGUAUCAUAGCAGCAGAACAUAUUGACCAAAUUUCAGAUGUGGGUAACUACUGCAGACGAUGUGAAAAAUGUACUGAAGUUGCGGUGUCUAGUUUCCGUGACCUGAUACAAACAGAAACUGGAGAUGACGGAGGUGAUGAUGAUGUUCAGAAGAUCACGACUCUCUGCCAACUGACCGAAUUAUCGUGUAUGGAAAAAG